CUCUUUACAAUUAAGCGUAGAAAUAGUGAGAAGAGUAGGUAACCAAACGACCUCUUUAACAUCAACGCUCCACCAUUUGUAAGAUGCAGCUAAGCUCACCAGAGAUGGCACGCAUUUCUUAGCUGUCGUCAGAUCUUUAAGGAAUAUCAAACUUCAUUAAUCGUGAACGUGCUAAGUAACACUUAAUGUUGCUGACUUCGUAUUCUCUUUCGUAGGAAGUCAUUGUCAAGGUCGUAACACUCACAUGCUCGCUGUGUAGUGUUAAGAUGAAUCUUGGGUCCAUGUGAGCACCGAUUGACUAUUUCUAUUCUUUUAAAAUGGCUAAUGAAGGUCUGUGUAGUGCUUUAAGGGUCAUAUGGUUGCGAUUUCGUACUCUAAGCAACAGACUAGUUAGUCAAAGUCCUGUUAGUGUUACGAACCCAGUUGUAUGUCGUGAAAGACUUCGUUUUGCAUUGCGCACACCGGGGAGACGUUUCAAGGUAUAUGCUGAAAAUAUUUCAGAAAAUGUGCAGAAUGUAUAUUGCUUGUUUACCAAACAGUGCAACGUAAUUGUUGGUUUACGAAUCUGGAGAGCUUUCCAAAUCGUCGCGCUUUACAGGCAGCUGUAUGGAGAACGGCGGCUUUUACAAACCAUAGGUUCCAACGUUUUGCGAAACUGCAAAAGCAGAAGUUUGUACAUGCUGCUUUCCGCUGCUGGCAUCUUCCACUGGGAGCGCGAUGGAGUUAGUGACAGAGAAAUAGAGAGUGUGUCAGAUGAAAUGGUGGAGAUAGGGAAACUGAUAGACAAUGCCAGCAUGACAGGAAGUCAAGAAACACCAGUCCAUGAUGGUUGGGAGGUUGUCAUUAAACGCUCCCAAUUGAUAGUGUGGCGUCGACAUAUGGGCCAGCAUAACUUGUAUGAAUAUAAAGUGUAUGGAACAUUUAAUGAUAUUUCUGCCACAGCAUUUUACACAACCCAGCUAGAUUUGGACUUCUGGUCAGGAUGGGACCGACAAACAAUGGCUAUUCACAUUAUUGAUCAGGACCAGACAUCAAAUAGCUCUGUCAUCCACUGGGUCUACAAAUAUCCAUAUCCCAUGUAUCCAAGAGACUACGUCUUUGUCAGAAGGCAUAAGGUCUGUCAGAAAUCCAAGAAAAUGGUGAUUUAUGCAAAAGCAGUUGAUCAUCCCAGGUGUCCUGAGUUGGGUUCAUAUGUACGGAUUCAGCAGUACCAGUCAAAGAUGGUCAUUGAGCCACAUACCACAUUUGAUGAGAAUGGCUUUGACUACUGCCUUACAUACUUUGAUGAUCCUCAGACACAUUUUCCCAGUCUUUGUUAUAAUUGGCUGGCAAGCACAGGUGUACCUGACUUUGUGGAGAGAUUACACUGUGCCACCGUAGAGAUGCAGAGGCGUAUGCAGCGAGGAUAUCAUCCAAAUGUACAGACGGGUUCACGCAGCGAGCAGCACAAUGGAUCCAUCCGUCCAGCUGUGGAGAACUAUUGUUAAUGUAUCUAAGGCAUUGAAAGAAAGUCGGGCAAAGUGUAGGUUAAGGACAAAUAUAUAGAUAUUAAUAUAAAAAAAAAACAACCUAAGUGAUAUAAGGUUCUUUGCAUAAUGACACUGUAUCAAGGGCUAAAGAAAAGGUCUUGGGGAGGGGGUUAGCUCAAUUUCAAUGAUAAAUCAUAAAAAUGGAUAUCUGUGAAGAUAGCUCAUGCAAGGAUUGGAGUAACUGUUUUACUUUGUUGGGCAUUUUUCUUAUAAAUUCAUGAUAACUACUUAUAACCUUCUGCAGACAUUCCUGCCAUUAUCUUUUCUACAGUAGCAUACUACAAAAUGUGGUGCGUUCAGAUUAUAUACAUUAAAAAGUUGUUUUAAGUAACA